AUGACUGAAAAUACUAAAGUAAGCCCCAAACUUUUAGAACAAGCACUUAAAAGCUGCGAUGAAGCUUUGAUUAGGUUUGUUCUUGACAAAACAGUUGAAGAUCAGAUUCCAGCAUACAUACAACCAAUUCCACCAAAUCUUUUAGCUACAUUCCUCCGUUCUUUCAAUAAAUUCUUAAUUUCCGAGCCGCAAUAUCUCAAGACAAUACUUCCAUGGAUAGAAAAUCUUAUAGAAAUACAUCAAUUAUCAAUAGCUGCAUCUGGAGAAUGUCAAAGGAAGCUAUCUGAACUCCAACACACUCUCAAGCAAAGAACACAACAGAUUGGCCAAUUUGUAGAAGCCUACGCGGUUACACAAUUUGUUCUUCACGAAAGAGAAGGCCAAGGUGUUGGUCUUCCAAUUAACGAUGAAGAUAUGCAAUCACUUAAUGAAGAUGAAUAG